GAAUCAAUUGGCACAACUAACGAUUUAUGAUUUAUUUUGAAUUUUCAUUCUAGUCUAUCAUCUAGUUAUUGAUUUUAAAAUAUUUAAAGAACAUGGCAGACAGUGAACUAGAUGUUGAUGGAUUAAUAAAACGCCUUCUUGAUGUUCGUGGGGGCAGACCGGGGAGAACAGUACAAAUGACAGAAGCAGAAAUUAAAGGUCUUUGUAUCAAAUCAAGAGAAAUAUUUUUAAGUCAACCUAUUCUUUUGGAGUUGGAAGCACCAUUGAAAAUAUGUGGAGACAUCCACGGACAGUAUACAGAUCUAUUACGUUUAUUCGAGUAUGGUGAUUUUCCGCCAGAUUCUAAUUACCUUUUCCUCGGUGAUUAUGUGGAUCGAGGAAAACAAUCUCUAGAAUGUAUUUGUUUGUUAUUGGCAUACAAGAUCAAAUAUCCUGAAAACUUUUUUCUACUUCGAGGGAAUCAUGAAUGUGCCAGCAUCAAUCGUAUAUAUGGAUUUCAUGAUGAAUGUAAACGUCGAUUCAACAUAAAACUUUGGAAAACUUUCACCGAUUGCUUCAAUUGUCUUCCUAUAGCUGCUAUUAUUGAUGAAAAAAUAUUUUGUUGUCAUGGAGGAUUGUCGCCCGAUUUACAAACUAUGGAUCAGAUUCGUAGGAUAAUGAGGCCAACAGAUGUUCCAGACACAGGACUUCUAUGUGAUUUAUUGUGGGCUGAUCCAGACAAAGACAUAGCUGGUUGGGGCGAAAAUGACAGGGGAGUUUCAUUUACAUUUGGCCAAGAUAUUGUCAGCAAGUUUUUAAACAGACAUGAUUUAGACUUGAUAUGCAGAGCUCAUCAGGUUGUUGAAGAUGGAUAUGAGUUCUUUGCAAAACGCCAACUGAUCACACUGUUCUCUGCACCUAACUAUUGCGGAGAAUUUGAUAAUGCCGGUGGUAUGAUGAGUAUUGAUGAGACAUUACUCUGCUCAUUUCAGAUAUUGAAACCUGCUGAGAAGAAAGCCAAAUAUCAAUAUGGAGGGUUGAACUCUGGAAGGCCGAUAACUCCUCCAAACAAAAUUAAUUCAGGAAAAAAAUGAUUUGAAAAAGAAGUGUUUUCAAAUAAACAAUACUGCACUUCCAUGUACUGAACAUGCUACACGUAUGCAUGCACAUAACAGUAUUUACCACUAUAAAAUAAAGAUGUAACGUUGUAUGGUAGCAUUGCAGUUGCAAGAGUCAUUGAUGCUUGUACAGAAAUUAUAUAUACAUACUUUCUUUUUCUUCUUAAUAACAUCAACAAGGAGUCAAUAUAUAUACCUGUAGCUAUUCAAACUAGAGGAUAAAAUAUAACUGUAAGAUGCCCAAAUUCUAUGAUUUGCAAAAAAAUUUGAAUAUGUCAUGGUUUUACGUGCAAUUGAUUAAACGUUGAUUAAGCACAGGAAUUCUGGCCGUCAGUUACUCAAUGUGUAUAAGUGGAUUAAACAAAAAUAAGCUGUUUCAUCAAUGUUCACUGCAUGUUUCCAUCUGAUUCCUAAAAACAUAUGCUGCAUUUAUUUAUCACUCUAACAUGGCUAUUCAGAUUGAUUGUUUCCCUUUAUUGCUAUAAACCUUCAAGCAAUGGUACCAAACAUUAAGUAGAUUACACUAUUAACCAUGAGAAAAGUCAUACUGUCUUUGGGCAGGUUUUAUCAGGAAAAUUCUACAAAUUUUAUUUUAUUUUCCUGUCUUACACAGCAUUAUUGUUGAUUAACCAAAUAAUUCAAAUUGUGGAGCUCGAUGCCACAUUUUUAUUUGACUGACAUUUCCUGCAAAU